UUUUAUUGAUAUGUUUAACAGAAGAAACGUUUAGAAAUUUGUCAUGGCAUCUAAUGCUGGAGACGAUUCCUUGUAUCCUAUAGCCGUUCUUAUCGAUGAAUUACGCAAUGAAGAUGUUCAGCUGCGUUUGAAUUCUAUCAGAAAACUAUCAACUAUUGCCUUGGCACUUGGAGUCGAGCGAACGCGUGCUGAACUUAUUCCCUUUCUUACAGAUACCAUUUAUGAUGAGGAUGAAGUUCUGUUGGCAUUAGCAGAACAGCUUGGUACAUUUACACCUCUUGUUGGGGGACAAGAAUUUGUACAUUGUUUAUUGCCACCACUUGAGAGUUUGGCCACAGUAGAAGAAACUGUUGUUCGAGAUAAGGCAGUAGAAUCUCUUCGUAAUAUUGCUUCUGAGCAUUCACCUCAAGAUUUAGAAAAUCAUUUUGUUCCUUUAGUAAAACGUCUAUCACAAGGUGAUUGGUUUACAUCUAGGACAUCAGCCUGUGGUUUAUUUCCAGCUUGCUAUCCUAGAGUAAAUGCAAACAUCAAAGCUGAAUUAAGACAACACUUUCGUACGUUAUGUUCUGAUGAUACGCCCAUGGUUCGAAGGGCUGCUGCUUCAAAACUUGGGGAAUUCGCUAAAGUUGUGGAACUGGAAUUUGUCAAAUCUGAUCUUAUACCCACAUUUACAAACCUUUCUGCAGAUGAACAGGACUCAGUGCGAUUGUUGGCCGUUGAAGCCUGUGUGAAUAUUGCAUCUAUUUUACCUCCUGAAGAUGUGGAAGCUUUAGUUAUGCCAAUGUUAAGAACAGCUGCUCAGGAUAAAUCAUGGCGUGUACGAUAUAUGGUCGCAAAUAAAUUUACGGAGUUACAAAGAGCGGUUGGAAGUGAGAUAACCAAAACAGAUUUGGUGCCUGCUUUUCAAAGUUUACUAAAAGAUUAUGAAGCUGAGGUUCGGGCUGCUGCCUCGGGAAAAGUUAAAGAAUUUUCAGAUAACCUGAACUCAGAUAUUCAAGAACAAAUCAUUAUGACGAACAUCUUACCGUGUGUAAAGGAUUUAGUUGUGGAUCCUAACCAGCACGUGAAGUCUGCUUUAGCAUCCGUAAUCAUGGGUCUCUCCCCAGUAGUUGGCAAAGAUAACACGAUUGAACAUUUGCUUCCUUUGUUCUUGACGAUGUUGAAAGAUGAGCAUCCCGAAGUGCGACUUAAUAUAAUUUCUAAUUUAGACUGCGUAAAUCAAGUGAUCGGUAUUCACCAGUUGUCUCAAUCGUUACUUCCUGCAAUCGUUGAACUAGCUGAAGAUAAUAAAUGGCGAGUCCGACUAGCAAUAAUAGAAUACAUGCCGUUACUCGCUGGUCAACUUGGAGUUGAAUUUUUUGACGAAAAACUAAAUGCACUUUGUAUGGCUUGGCUUGUUGAUAACGUUUAUGCCAUUAGAGAAGCUGCAACGAAUAAUCUCAAAAAACUUGUAGAAAAAUUUGGUCAGGAUUGGGCAGCGACUCAAGUUAUUCCCAAAAUUGUUGCAAUGGCCAGGGAUCCCAACUAUCUCCACCGUCUUACAACAUUAUUUUCAAUCAACGUUUUAGCCGAAGUCAUUGUUGCUGAGAAUGUGUCAAAGUUGAUGUUACCCACCGUUAUAAGUCUUGCCCAAGAUGCUGUAGCAAAUGUUAGGUUCAAUGUGGCCAAAACUCUUCAAAAAAUUGGACCAAAGAUUGAUUCCAGCAUGGUUCAAGCCCAAGUCAAACCUUGUUUAGAUAAGUUAAACUGUGACGCGGACAUUGAUGUGAAAUAUUUCGCCCAAGAAGCUCUAACAGUUUUUUGAAGAGAAGAAAAACGCGCAGCAACUGAUUGCCACAAAUGUCGAUUGCCACAAAUGUCGAGAAUGAAGAAAUAUCUUAUGUAAUAAAAAAUAACUAUAGAUAUUCGACCUCUGAACAGAGUAACCUUCGUAAAAAUGACAAAACAUUUUCAGAUGAUACUAUGAUAAAACAUUGUCUAGCCGUACCAAUGUGCUAAUGAUUGUCUUUUUUGCAUUUCGAAUUUCCUUUUGUUUGCACAGUUUGCUUUAAGGCAUUAAUAAAGCUUUUAUCGUUCAGUUUUCUUUUCUAUCUUAUAAGAGGCAAUUGUAAAUAAAGUGCAUUGGGAUUUUCA